CUCCAGAACUCCUGUCCGCUUACCCGCCUCUGCUGCUUCUUUGUCCACUGAACAGCCAUGAGAAGGCAGCUCCGGUCCAGAAGGGCUCUGGCCUCUCCUUAUGGUUAUCGCUACAGACUUGAUGAUCAAGAUGAAGUGAACCAGAACUACUUAGCAGAUGAAGAGGAAGAAGCAGAAGAAGAGGCUCAGGUGAUGGCGGUACCUGAUUUGGAGGAGGAAGAAGAAGAGCGGAAAGAAGAGGAGGAAAAGGAGGAGGAAGAGGGUCAGGGUCAGCCAACAGGCAACACCUGGUGGCAGAAAUUGCAGAUCAUGAAUGAAUACCUGUGGGAUCCGGAGAAAAGGAUGUCUCUGGCCCGAACAGGUCAGAGUUGGAGCCUGAUCUUAGUCAUUUACUUCUUCUUCUAUGCCUCCUUGGCUGCUGCGAUCACCCUCUGCAUGUACAUGCUAUUUCUGACCAUCGGUCCUUACAUGCCAACCUUCACUGAGAGGGUGAAGCCUCCUGGAGUUAUGAUCAGACCCUUCGCCCAUAGCCUUAACUUCAACUUCAACAUUUCUGAACCUGACACUUGGCAGCAUUAUGUGAUUAGCCUAAAUGGCUUUCUCCAGGGUUAUAAUGACAGUCUUCAAGAGGAAAUGAAUGUAGAUUGUCCCCCGGGGCAGUACUUCAUUCAAGAUGGCAAUGAAGAUGAGGACAAGAAGGCCUGCCAAUUUAAGCGCUCCUUCCUGAAGAACUGCUCUGGCCUGGAGGAUUCUACUUUUGGCUACUCUACUGGACAGCCCUGCAUCCUUCUAAAGAUGAACAGGAUUGUAGGCUUUCGUCCUGAGCUUGGAGAUCCUGUGAAGGUUUCCUGCAAAGUUCAGAGAGGAGAUGAAAAUGACAUCCGAUCCAUCAAUUACUACCCAGAGUCGGCUUCUUUUGACCUCCGCUACUACCCUUACUACGGCAAACUGACUCACGUUAACUACACCUCCCCGCUGGUGGCAAUGCACUUUACAGACGUGGUGAAGAACCAAGCCGUGCCUGUGCAGUGCCAACUGAAGGGCAAAGGCAUCAUAAAUGAUGUCAUCAAUGAUCGUUUUAUGGGUAGAGUAAUCUUUACUCUGAACAUAGAAACCUAAGAACUUCAGGGGGCCAUUAAUGUUUCUGUUUUAUUUCAUGUUACAACUGGUAGCACCUGAAUUCUUUUUCUUUAUCUGAAUUCAGCCAGAUAGACACCUAAGAGCAGAUCAUCUUUCCUUGCCUUUGACAUAUGUAUAAAUGACAUUGUGGGAGCUUUUUGAUUUUUUAAAGGUGGUCUCUCCUGAAGACAAAUAGAUUAUAUUAAUUUCCUUUCUCCCCACUUAAAUCUAAAACCCAUUCUUGCUGCUAGAUGUCUCACUGUAGUGUAAAUAUAGUAUCUGAUAAAAUUCACAAUAGCCAUGAAGGAGAAUUUCUAUGAUGAUUAUAAAUUCAUUGUGUUUUCUAAAUUUUUGUUGUUUUUAGAGGUGAGAUUCCUUCCAACCAGGCUGAUAACUAACCCCUUUUU